AUGAUCAACAAGCAAUCAGGGGUCUACCACACGACUUCAGUCGAUGUCGCCAAAUCAAACCGUACAACACUCUUCCUUGCUGGCCUCAAAAGAACGUACGGGGAUUUUCGGGAGAAGCAGAGACAAGGCGAUGCGCCCCGUCUUGUUGACAUCACAAAUACGACUGGAUUCCAUCAUCCCACCGUACAUCAAGACAACGGCCUCGCACCUCUCGAAGCAGGCAAAGUGCAAGAUGUUGUUGAUCGUGACUUAUCAAUUUACUCUCAACGGCGGGGCCUUGCUUUGACGCCCACCAUAACAUCCAAUCCUCUCCUCGACCUAUCUCAUCCCGCUUACGGAUUACCGAAGCAGCUCGUCGACAAUUUCGCAUCUGUUGGCAUCAAAUCUAUCUAUCCAUGGCAAUCUGAAUGUCUGUUGAAGAGCGGGGCGCUGGGCGGAGAGAAUAACCUUGUUUAUACGGCCCCAACAGGCGGUGGGAAAUCACUCAUCGCUGACGUCUUGAUGCUGAAAAAGGUGAUUGACACCCCAGGGGAGAAAGCAAUGCUCGUUCUGCCUUACGUGGCACUGGUUCAAGAGAAGAUGCGAUGGCUCAGGAAGGUUGUGGAAGGCAUCACCAAGACACCGGCUUCUCCAUUCCUGGGCGAGCGACGACCAUCUGCUUGGCGAAAGCGUGGAGACGAAGACUCUGUCAGAGUUGCAGGCUUCUUUGGCGGAAGCAAAACAAAGGCAACUUGGGAUGACAUGGAUAUUGCGGUCUGUACAAUUGAAAAGGCCAAUUCUCUUGUGAACGCAGCCAUCGGUGAUCUCUCUAUCGGAAGACUCGGAGUGGUUGUAAUAGAUGAAUUGCACAUGAUCGAUGACGAAAGUCGAGGUUACAUCCUAGAAUUGAUGUCCACGAAGCUCCUUAGCCUCGAACAAAAAGUGCAGAUCAUUGGGAUGAGCGCUACUCUGAAUAACGCGGAACUUUUGGCAAAGUGGCUAGAUAAUGCCAAAUUCUAUAUUUCGAGAUAUCGGCCUGUGCCCGUCGAAGAGCACCUCGUCUUCGACAACGCUGCCUACCCGGCAUCAUCUUCGACCAUAUUUUACAAAACAGCGACACAACUCAAUACACAGAGCGAGAACGCCUCCCAAUUAAAGCCCGAGCCGGCUCGGUUAAUAACCCAAUCCCUAAGCAAAGAGCUAAAUAACCCCAUAAUCAAUGCUGUGGUAGCCCUUUCGAACGAGACAGCAAGAGCAGGGUACGGAGCCUUGGUCUUUUGCAGCAGCCGUGUAGGCUGUGAGAAGGAUGCGAUGCUCAUUAGUCAAGUGCUGCCAAGUGCCGGAGAAGUGGAUUUUUCCACCGCGGAGAAACGGCGAGACUUGUUGAGUGACUUGAGCACGACAACGGGAUUAGAUCCUAUCUUGGAAAAAACCAUUCCGGUCGGCGUUGCAUUUCAUCAUGCUGGUUUGACCACAGAAGAAAGGGACGCGAUCGCAACUGCGUACGAUCAAGGAGUCAUAAAAGUCAUUGUGGCAACGUGCAGCCUAGCAGCAGGCAUAAACUUACCCGCAAGGCGCGUAAUCCUUCAUGGAGCCCGCAUGGGUGCCGAUUUAGUAGGCCCUUCAAUGUUGCGGCAGAUGAGAGGAAGGGCAGGGCGGAAGGGGAAAGAUGAGAUCGGUGAAACUUAUCUUUGCUGUCAGAAAAGCGACCUUGAAGCGGUCGCGGAACUGAUGGAAGCUGAUAUUCCCAACGUGGAGAGUUGUCUUCUGCCUGGGAAAAGAGGUAUAAAAAGAGCAUUGCUCGAAGUUAUAGCUACAAAGCUUGCCAUGAGUAACGAUUCGAUUGAUGAUUAUAUCAGGAAAACACUGCUCUUUCAUUCGAUUGAUCGUAACGAGCUAGCAGAAAUGGUUUUGUCAACCGUGCAAGAACUUAAGGAGACCCGCCUCAUCGAGGAAUCUAACGGGUCGGAAUAUUCGGCAACUUCCCUCGGUCAGGCCAUCGUAGCAUCGUCUCUGACACCUGAAGAUGGUUUGUUUGUGCACAGGGAACUGCGGAAAGCUAUGCAGGCUUUCGUUAUGGACGGAGAAAUGCACGUCCUCUAUUCUUUUACGCCCGUGCAAGCAGCGCAUGGGAAUAUUAAUUGGCAGAUCUUCCGUAAGGAGGUAGACCGUCUUGAUGAGAGCAAUUUGAGAGUCCUGGAAUUUGUGGGUCUCAAACCUCUCGUUCUCAAUAAAAUGGCGCAAGGCGGAUCCAUGAAAGAGUCAACAGUCCAAGAAGUAGAGAUUGCACGAAUAUAUAGGCGCUUUUACGCCGCGUUGCAGCUCCGAGAUCUCUGUAAUGAGAUGCCAGUCCACGCCGUUGCUCGAAAAUAUGACAUUCCUAGGGGAAUGGUCCAGAACCUUGCACAGACAUGUCACGGUUUUGCUGCUGGCAUGAUCAAGUUCUGUGAACGAAUGAAUUGGGGGGCUCUUGUGGCUGUACUCGACCAUUUUUCUGAUCGGCUGAGGGCUGGUGCCAAAUCGGAUCUACUUGCGUUGGCCAAGAUCACAUACAUCAAGAGUCGAACAGCUAGAAUAUUCUGGGAGAACGGUUUCAAAAGUGUAGCUGCUGUGGCAGCAGCCGAUGUCAAGGACAUAAUGCCAGUUCUAUUACUCGCACAACCGAAGAAACCAAGACUUAGCCCUCAAGACGAAGCGGAAUAUUUAAAUAAGCUGAGGGGAAAGGCCGAUAUCAUAUCAAAAUCGGCCAAUCAUUUAUGGGAAAAGGAGAUGCAGGCACAGCUUGACGAAGAGGAGUGA